CCAGUCCCCCGCAGUGCAGCGUCCAGGCCACCUGUCACCAGACCAGACUCUGGACGGUCCAGCCCAUGGCAGAGGCCUUCUCCCUGGCGCCCGCGGCCCGCGGCCUGGACAACAUGGGGGCCGAGUUCUUGGAAAGAAUGGAGGAAGGCCGGCUCCCGGGCGGCGACCCGAGGCCCGCACAGUCGCAGGUCGGGGACGGCUGGAGCGCCGUGCACCCCGGGCCCUCCUCCCGGUGGAGGAGCCUGCAGCCGGUUCGGAGAGCCAGAAGCUUCUGCCAGGAGCAUGCCCAGCUGCUGCGGUGGAUGGUCACAGGCCUGCUCUGCACGGCCUACGCGGCCUUCCUGCUGGUGGCUUGCCUCCUGGACGUGCACAGGGCCCUGGCGCUGCUGGUCCUUACGGGCCUGGCCCUGGUCUUCCGGGCCCACAGCCUGCUGAAGAGGCUUCUGGGGCCGAGGCUGGGCAGGUGCAUGGCAUUCCCAUGUGUGGGCCUCCCCGGAGGUUCCCGUCUGAGCCUCUGGUUUAAGAGGGGUCUGGCGCUGGCUGCCGCCAUGGGCCUGGUCUUGUGGCUGUCUCUGGACACGUCCCAGCGGCCGGAGCAGUUGGUCUCCUUCGCGGGGAUCUGCGUGUUCGUCCUCUUCCUCUUUGCCUGCUCCAAGCACCACCGUGCCGUCUCCUGGCGCGCCGUGGGCUGGGGCCUUGCGCUGCAGUUUUUGCUCGGACUCUUCGUCAUCCGAACAGAACCCGGAUUCGUUGCCUUUCAGUGGCUUGGGGAGCAGAUCCAGGUCUUCCUGAGCUACACCGAGGCCGGCUCCAGCUUCGUGUUCGGGGAGGCGCUGGUGAAGGAAGUCUUUGCCUUUCAGGUCUUGCCCAUCAUCGUCUUCUUCAGCUGUGUCAUGUCGGUGCUCUACUACCUGGGCCUCAUGCAGUGGGUCAUCCUGAAGAUUGCCUGGCUGAUGCAGUUCACCAUGGGAACCACAGCCACGGAGACCCUGAGUGUGGCGGGAAACAUCUUUGUGAGCCAGACGGAGGCUCCUCUGCUGAUCCAGCCCUACUUGGGGGACAUGACGCGGUCGGAGGUGCACGCCGUCAUGGUGGGGGGCUACGCCACCAUCGCCGGCAGCCUGCUGGGCGCCUACAUCUCCUUCGGGGUAGGAGCCCUCCCCCUGCCUGCCCAGGUCCUACCCACCCCCAGGCGCCCCCCACUCCAUCG